UCUCGUGUCCCGUCUCGUCGCAUCCACUGUCGCAUCAUCGGCUCCAUCUCUUCCUCGCUCGUGUUGCCGUAUCCGAAUCUCCACCACCCAAACCUCGCUUCCCUCCAUGGGUACUGGAGCCUCCAGGAACUCCGAUUGCUCCCACGGCGGCCGGGAGGGGCAGCUCUACGUCGCCCUCAAGAUGGAGAACUUCAAGGUUCGAGGCGACCUCGUCCCGCACGUCUACGGCUCCAUCCCCAUCACUGGCUCCUGGGACGCUGCCAAAGCACUCUCGAUGGCGCGGGAAUCGGCCUCGAUGUGGGAGCUCAGCUUCGUCGUGCCUCCUGAUCACGAGACACUAGAUUUCAAGUUCUUGUUGAAGCCCAAGAACAACACAGGGACGUGCGUGGUGGAGGAGGGGCAGAACCGGCUUCUCACAGGAGGGGCGUUGGAGGAGGGGGAUUCGAGGCCGGCACUUUUCAAGAUUGGUGAUGAUGAGGUGCUCGAGUUUAGGGUGUUCAUCAAGGUCGACAUUUUGUCCCCGUUUGAUCUUGCUGCAAGCUGGAGAGCUUAUCAGGAAAAUAUCGAACCAUCAAGAGUUCGAGGGAUUCCGGAUGUCAGUAUCAAUGUAGCGGUGGAGAAUGGUUCAACGCCCACUUUGGAGCUUGAUUUAGAACACUAUGUUGUUCCAGCACCCUCUUCCAUUGUUGAUGAUGCUUAUGCAGCUAACUUGACAGAGACACCAAGAUCAUUAUCUAAUAGGAAUUUCUCCGUACAAAAAACACUUUCUCCUUCAGGGAUGAUAAAAGAAAUAAAGAUACACGCUGCAGAAAACAGUUUUUUGUUCGUGUAUACUUUUCAAAACACGCUGCAGAAAACACUUUCUCCUUCAGUUAGGAUUAGAAACUGGAUUAAUCUGGCGGCGGAAAAUGGUCCCUCGACUAUGUUACUAUGCAGCCGCAUAGAAGCGGCGUACUAA